AAUAUAAACAAUAAUAAGGUUAUAUAUGUAAAUAGUCGAAACAAGUGUAAAAUAUACCUAUACCUAUUGUAUACUGUCACCACCACUCAGCAUCAUGAUGAUGAUGAUGACAAUUGAGCAUGUUAAUGAUGAUUGCUUGGCUGAAAUAUUCAUGUAUGUGCCAGCAUAUGAAAGACCAAACAUUGCAUUGGUAUGCAAAAAUUGGAAAAGAGCUCUUGAUAAUGCUUGGUUUAAUGUCAAAAAAAUUGAACUAACUCAUUGGGAGUAUGACGAGUAUCCAAAUUUUUUAAAGAAAAAUUAUCCAACAAUAGAUAGACAAUUUAAUUUUUUAAAAUCACUGCUUUAUAAAUGUGGUCGUUAUUUACGAGAAUUAGACUUGUCAGUCUAUCCUAAAUGUAACAUACUGCCAAUUAUUAAUGAGUAUUGUCCAAAUCUCGAAAAACUUGGAAUAAGAAUCGAUAAUAUUGAUGAUAUUGAUGAUGCAAUAUUAAGUAAUGCAUUUACAAAUCUUUCUAAACUAAAAGUAUUAAAAAUUAUAUUUCAUCGUUGUCUUUGUGGUGUGGAUUCAUUGGUACCUACAACUUUAAUUAAUUCAUUGUUAAACGUUGCUGAUACAUUGACUGAUCUCAGUAUGUUAAAUUGGCCUGAAGCCAUGCAGCUUGAGGAGGAGAACGCUCAUUUUCCAGAAGAAAUGACUAAUGUGAUUUCUCAACUAAAGGCCUUAAAAAAAUUUGUAGUUGCUGGCUUAGAAUGUCACAAAAGUUUAUAUGACUAUGUGCACAAUUCUAAAACAAUAAAAAACUUUUUUGGCAACGCUUGUUACAUUCAAGGAAAAAUUAAUAAAAAAAAAGAGCUCUUUAAAAAUAUCGAGGAAUUAGAUAUUAUGUAUUUUCCAAUUGACGAUGAUGGUAUAUAUCAUAUUGCUAACACUAUGAAACAAUUACAGAUACUACAUGCAUCAUGUGAAUUUCUAACUGAUGCUGGUAUCGUUGCAUGUACAAAAAUGAAAAAUUUAAAAUAUCUUGAUUUUUUGGGCUCUAAUAACACCACUGACUCCUCAAUUAAAUUGCUUAAAAAUUUUAUAGAUUUAAAUUUACCACACAGCAAAAAAAUUACUGAGGAAUCAGUCACUAAAGUUCUCGAAAAUUCACCAGAGAUGCGAACUUUUUUAGUUGUAGACACAAGUAUAACUCAUAAAUUUAUUGAAAAAGCAGCAGAAAUAUCAAGAAAUCGUAAAAGGCAAUUAAGUUUAUGGGUAUCACGUGAACAUAAAAUGUCUAAUACACAAGUUAAAUAUGAAUAUUUAACUGUUAAAUAUCACAUAUAA